AUGGAACCCUCGACCCUGAGGAAAGCGGGCUCUGACCAGGAGGACGGCUUUGGGAUGCAGCCCCAGAGGUUCACUGACCUGGGGAGGGUCUCCAAUCUCCGGCAGAGCAACGGUAGCCUCUGCAAGGGCCGCAGACAGCCAUGUGCCUUCAGCAACACAGAAAAGCAAGAAAAUCUCAGCUCAUGGAUCCCUGAAAACAUCAAGAAGAAAGAAUGUGUAUAUUUUGUGGAACGUUCCAAACUGUCUGAUGCUGGGAAGGUGGUGUGUGAGUGUGGCUACACACGUGAACAGCACUUGGAGGAGGCUGCCAAGUCCUACACCUUCCAGGGCAUGGAGUGGGACCCAAAGAAGCACGUCCAGGAAAUGCCAACAGAUGCCUUUGGUGACAUUGUCUUUACAGGCCUGGGCCAGAAGGCAGGAAAGUACGUCCGCGUCUCCCAAGACACAUCCUCCAGCGUGAUCUACCACCUCAUGACGCAGCACUGGGGCCUGGACAUCCCCAACCUGCUGAUCUCCGUGACGGGUGGGGCCAAGAAUUUCAACAUGAAGCUCAGGCUGAAGAGCAUCUUCCGAAGGGGCCUGGUCAAGGUGGCUCAGACCACAGGGGCUUGGAUUAUUACUGGGGGCUCCCACGCUGGUGUGAUGAAGCAGGUGGGCGAGGCUGUGCGGGACUUCAGCCUGAGCAGCAGCUACAAGGAAGGAGACGUCAUCACCAUUGGAGUUGCCACCUGGGGCACCAUCCACCACCGGGAGAGCCUGAUCCACCCCAUGGGUAGCUUCCCUGCCGAGUACAUACUGGAUGAGGAAGGCCAAGGGAACCUGACCUGCCUGGACAACAACCACUCCCACUUUAUCCUGGUGGAUGACGGAACCCAUGGCCAGUAUGGGGUGGAGAUCUCUCUGAGGACCAAGCUGGAGAAGUUCAUCUCAGAACAGACAAAGGAGAGAGGCGGUGUGGCCAUCAAGAUCCCCAUCGUCUGUGUGGUGCUGGAGGGUGGCCCCGGCACGCUGAAUACCAUCUACAAUGCCAUCACCAAUGGCACACCCUGUGUGAUCGUGGAGGGCUCGGGUCGCGUGGCUGAUGUCAUCGCCCAAGUGGCCAGCCUACCCAUCUCGGACAUCACCAUGUCCCUGAUUCAGCAGAAGCUGAGCAUGUUCUUCCAGGAGAUGUUUGAGACCUUCACAGAAAGCAGGAUUGCUGAGUGGACCAAGAAGAUCCAAGACAUUGUCCGGAGGCGGCAGCUGCUGACCAUCUUCCGGGAAGGCAAGGAUGGUCAACAGGACGUAGAUGUGGCCAUCCUGCAGGCCUUGCUUAAAGCCUCACGGAGCCAAGACCACUUUGGCCACGAGAACUGGGACCACCAGCUGAAGCUGGCCGUGGCGUGGAAUCGUGUGGACAUUGCCCGCAGCGAGAUUUUCACCGAUGAGUGGCAGUGGAAGCCCACAGAUCUGCACCCCACAAUGACAGCUGCCCUCAUCUCCAACAAGCCCGAGUUUGUGAAGCUCUUCCUAGAGAACGGCGUGCGACUGAAGGAGUUUGUCACCUGGGACACCCUACUCUACCUCUAUGAGAACCUUGAGCCCUCCUGCCUGUUCCACUGCAAGCUGCAGAAAGUGCUGGCGGAGGAGCCUGAGCGCCUGGCGUGUGCGCCCGCUGCCCCCCGUGUGCAAAUGCACCACGUGGCUCAGGUGCUGCGGGAGCUCCUGGGGGACUUCACACAGCCACUGUACCCCCGUCCCCGGCACAGCGACCGACCGCGGCUCCUGCUGCCCAUGCCCCACAUCAAGCUCAAUGUGCAGGGAGUAAGUCUCCGGUCCCUCUACAAGCGUUCCUCGGGCCACGUGACUUUCACCAUGGACCCCGUGCGUGACCUUCUCAUUUGGGCCGUUGUCCAGAACCGUGGGGAGCUGGCAGGGAUCAUCUGGGCUCAGAGCCAGGACUGCAUUGCAGCAGCUUUGGCCUGCAGCAAGAUCCUGAAAGAGCUGUCUAAGGAGGAGGAGGACACGGACAGUUCAGAGGAGAUGCUGGCACUGGCGGAUGAGUAUGAGCACAGGGCCAUCGGCGUCUUCACUGAGUGCUACCGCAAGGAUGAAGAGAGAGCUCAGAAGCUACUCAUCCAUGUGUCAGAGGCCUGGGGGAAGACCACCUGCCUGCAGCUCGCUCUGGAGGCCAAGGAUAUGAAGUUUGUGUCUCAUGGAGGCAUUCAGGCCUUCCUGACCAAGGUAUGGUGGGGCCAGCUCUGUGUAGACAACGGGCUGUGGCGCGUGGUCCUGUGCAUGCUGGUCUUCCCGCUUCUCUUCACCAACCUCGUCUCCUUCAGGGAGAAGAGACUGCAGGCAGAGAGCGGCCCAACCCGGGCCCGAGCUUUCUUCAAUGCUCCCGUGGUCAUCUUCCACCUGAACAUCCUGUCCUACUUCACUUUCCUCUGCCUCUUUGCCUAUGUGCUUAUGGUGGACUUCCAGCCCCGGCCCUCAUGGUGCGAGUAUGUCAUCUACCUCUGGCUCUUCUCCCUGGUGUGCGAGGAGACACGACAGCUCUUCUAUGACCCUGAUGAGUGUGGGCUGAUGAAGAAGGCUGCCUUGUACUUUAGUGACUUCUGGAAUAAACUGGAUGUUGGCGCCAUCUUGCUCUUCAUAGCAGGGCUGACCUGCCGGCUCAUACCAGCCAUGCUGUACUCUGGGCGCGUCAUCCUGGCUCUGGAUUUCAUCAUGUUCUGCCUCCGACUCAUGCACAUUUUUACUGUCAGUAAGACACUGGGGCCCAAGAUAAUCAUUGUGAAGCGAAUGAUGAAGGACGUCUUCUUCUUCCUCUUCCUGUUGGCCGUGUGGGUCGUGUCCUUUGGGGUGGCCAAGCAGGCUAUCCUCAUCCACAACGAGAGCCGAGUGGACUGGAUCUUCCGGGGCGUCGUCUACCACUCCUACCUCACCAUCUUUGGGCAGAUCCCGACCUACAUUGAUGGUGUGAACUUCAACCCAGACCAGUGCAGCCCCAAUGGCACAGACCCCUACAAGCCCAAGUGCCCCGAGAGUGACAUGGCGCAGCUGGCGCCGGCCUUCCCUGAGUGGCUCACAGUCCUCCUGCUCUGCCUCUACCUGCUCUUCACCAACAUUCUGCUGCUCAAUCUCCUCAUCGCCAUGUUCAACUACACCUUCCAGCAGGUCCAGGAACACACGGACCAGAUUUGGAAGUUCCAGCGCCAUGACCUGAUCGAGGAGUACCACGGCCGCCCCCCUGCACCGCCCCCCUUCAUCCUGCUCAGCCACCUGCAGCUCUUCGUCAAGAGGGUGGUCCUGAAGAUCCCUGCCAAGCGACACAAGCAACUCAAGAACAAGCUUGAGAAGAACGAGGAGGCAGCCCUGUUGUCCUGGGAGAUCUACCUCAAGGAGAAUUACCUGCAGAACCAGCAGUACCAGCAAAAGCAGAGACCGGAGCAGAAGAUUGAGGACAUCAGCAAUAAGGUGGACACCAUGGUGGACCUGCUCGAUUUGGACCGGCUGAAGAGGUCAGGCUCCAUGGAGCAGAGGUUGGCCUCCUUGGAGGAGCAGGUGACCCAGACGACUAGAGCUCUGCAUUGGAUUGUGAGGACCCUGCGGGACAGUGGCUUUGGCUCUGAGGCAGGCAUUCCCUCUAUGGCUUCCCAGGAGGCCCCAGAGAAGCAAGAUGUGGAGCCUGGCAUAAGGAAGAAGGUGGAGGAGCUGGGUGACUGCUAUCACGUGAACGCCCGGCACCUUCUGUACCCCAACUGCCCUGUCAUGCGCUUCCCUGUGCCCAACGAGAAGGUGCCCUGGGAGGCAGAGUUUAUCAUCUAUGAUCCUCUCUUCUACACGGCUGAGAGGAAGGACAUGGCUGCCAUGGACCCUGUGGGAGAUAAUCCAGACUCACUGUCCAAGAUCUGCUACAACACCCUGGAUGGCUUGACAGAUCGCCAGAGCUCCCACGGGCUCUACGUGGUCCAGGAUGGGCUGCCCCUGAACCCCAUGGGCCGCACGGGACUGCGUGGGCGUGGGAGUCUCAGCUGCUUUGGACCCAACCACGCACUGCACCCUGUGGUCACCAGGUGGAGGCGGAAUCAGGAUGGUGCCAUCUGCAGGAAGAGUAUCAAGAAGAUGCUGGAGGUGCUGGUGCUCAAGCGUCCCCUCUCGGAACACUGGGCCUUGCCAGGGGGCUCCCGGGAGCCAGGGGAGAUGCUGCCCCGGAAGCUGAAGCAGAUCCUCCUGCAGGAAUACUGGCCAUCUUUUGAGAACUUGCUGAAGCACAGCACGGAGGUGUACAGAGGAUACAUGGAUGACCCGAGGAACACAGACAAUGCCUGGGUCGAGACGGUGGCUGUCAGCAUCCACUUCCAGGACCAGAACGACGUGGAGCUGAAGAGGCUGAACUCUCACCUGCACACCUGUGACCCGGCUGUGUCCAUUCGAUGGCAGGUGGUGGACAGGCGUAUCCCACUGUAUGCGAACCACAAGACCAUCUUGCAGAAGGCAGCCACCCUGUUUGGGGCUCACUACUGA